AUGAGUAGUGAAAAAGUUAUUGAGAAUGAAGAUAAAAUAUCAAUAAAGAGGUAUUUUGCGACCAACAAAAUAGGUGAUUCAGAUAUAUCUCUGCGAUUCAAUCCAUUAUCUUAUUUUGAUAGCACAAUGAAACGGACAUCGAAAACGGCAUUACUAAUUCUCAACCAGACCAUAAAUAUCAACAUUGAGCUAUUCUCAAAAUUAUGGGAACUAACUGAUUUGAAGGUAUGCGCAGAUGGUGGCCUGAACAGACUUCGUAAUUUUGAUGAAUCAUUUGUACCAGAUUAUGUUAUAGGGGAUUUAGAUAGCGCCAAACAAAGUAAUAUUGACUACUACAAAUCGAGAGGCACUCAAGUUAUCUUGCAGGAUUCUCAAUACUGUACCGACUUUCAAAAGUCUACAUGCUUGAUUAACAUUCAUUGCAAUCAUGCUCAUAUUUUGGAUGAAGUAGCCGAAUUUGAUACCAUUGACGGUUUAGUCAAGAAAGAGGAAGAAUUGGGAAGUUUGAAUAAUGAUAGUAGUAGUCAUAAUCAAGAUAUACAGAUUUUAUUACUGGGUGGUGUUGGUGGAAGGUUUGAUCAAACAAUGGCUACAAUCAAUCAAAUAUGGAGGUAUUCGGUAACCAGACCACAAUUACAAUUUGUUAUGAUUAAUCCGGAACACCUAGAGUUUAUAAUACUACUGAAAGAAGGCUGCAAUUUAAUCGAUUACCCGAAAUUGGACAAAGAUCAAGAGCUUGUGUUUUUUGGUCAUGAAACUGAAAAGUCUAGACCUGGUCUGAGAAAUGUUGGUUUAUUGCCGAUUAUGGAGCCUGCAGUAAUCAGUACACAUGGUCUCAAAUGGGAUGUCCUACACUGGGAAACUGAUGUUAAAUCAAAAAUGUCUUCCUCAAACUUGCAAGUGGGAAAUGAAGGUUUUAUUAUAGAAACAAAUAAACCAUUGUUUUUGACUUUGGAACUAUAA